UCCCAUCGAUCCGUUGGGAUGCGCCGCAUGGAUUGCCAUGGAGGCCGCUGAGGAGAAUGACAAGUCGGUCUCAACGGAUCUCAAAGAGACAGUGCAGGAGUCGUUCAACAAUUAUCAAGUUGACUGCGUGAAUUUCACGGUGUUGACUUCUGACGAGAUCUCCACCUACAGCGAAGUAGAGGUCUUGAACCAGAACAACUAUGACAUUACAACCGAAAAGACCUUCAUUUUCGGCCCACUGGAUUCUCGCAUGGGCAGCAACAGCAAAGCUGGGCUCUGUGGCACAUGCAACAAGCGCAUCGAUGAGUGCGUGGGCCACUUCGGACACAUCAGCCUAGCCUUGCCGGUGUUCCACGCGGGGUUUCUGAGGCACACGCAUCAGGUGCUUCAAACCAUUUGCAAAGCCUGCGGCCGUUUGAUGCUGUCGCCCGAGAUGGCUUUGCGCUACGUGCGACGGCUGCGGAAGCCCACAACGGACGACCUGCAGAAACAGAGCUUGCACAGGAAGAUCUUGGAAAGCUGCAAGCUGACCCGGGUGUGUCCACAUUGUCGGGAGCAUAACGCUUCCGUGCGGAAAGGAAGUGGCGUGCCAUUGAUGAUUAAGCAUCAGGUUGGCCCCUCCAACAAGAACGCACCUGAUGACAUGAGCAAAGAAUUCUCCGAGACUUUCCGAGACGCCAGAGAUUUCAACAAAGAACUCCAGCCCUACGCUGAGAAGGCAUCUGCAGAUUACAACCCAUUGGAAGCCUACGAGUUGUUGAAGAGAGUUCCACCCAUUGAUCGCGAACUGCUGGGCUUAGUACGUCCCGAGCAACUCAUCCUCUUCGCGGUGCCGGUGCCACCGGUGUGCAUCCGACCUACCGUGAGCAUGGGCGACCGCGGCACGCGGGAGGACGAUUUGACCGUGGCGGUGGGACAGAUCGUAGAGGCCAACACAGCUCUGCAGCAGCAGCUGGCGCGGGGCUUCCCUCGGCAGAUUCUGGAAGCCUGGGAGUUUCUCCAAGAAGCAUGUGCCAGAUACAUCAAUUCGGAGAUGUCAGGACUGCCGCAGAUCAAAGGAAAAAUGGUACGCUCUCUUUGCACCAGACUUAAAGGAAAAGAAGGGCGUUUCCGUGGCAACCUGAGCGGCAAACGCGUGGACUUCUCAGCUCGAACCGUGAUCUCGCCGGAUCCCAACGUCAGCGUGGAGGAGGUGGUGAUCCCCGAGUGGGUGGCGAAACGGAUGACCUUCCCCGAGAAGGUCUGCGACGCAAACAUCCAGCGGCUUCGAGAAGCCAUCGAUCGAGGUCCAGAGAAACAUCCUGGUGCAUGUUGCAUCCAUACUCCCGACGGACGCCGGAAAUUUCUUGGAGUCAUCAAGCGCAACAUGCGGAAGCAGAUGGCUGAGAGUUUGAAAACGGGCGACAUGGUGGAACGACACAUGCGUGAUGGUGAUAUCGUCCUCUUCAACCGCCAGCCGUCUUUGCAUCGAUUAUCCAUUAUGGCACACCGGGCCAAAGUGAUGCCUGGUCGUACCUUUCGAUUCAACGAGUGCGUUUGUGCACCCUACAAUGCUGAUUUCGAUGGAGAUGAAAUGAAUAUUCACUUGCCUCAAACCGAAGAAGCCAGAGCAGAGGCGUACCAACUCAUGGGAGUUCGCGAUGGCUUGGUGACGCCCAAGAGUGGUGAGGUGGCCAUUUGCGCCACGCAGGACUUCCUCACUGGUGCGUUUCUCUUGACACAGAGAGAUGUCUACCUCUCGCGGGACAAGUUCUGUCAGCUUUGCUGCUUCCUCUCAGAUGGCUUGGAAACGAUCGAUUUGCCGCCCCCGGCAAUACUGAAGCCCUGUGAGUUGUGGACGGGGAAACAAGCCAUUAGCGUCAUGCUGCGACCCAAUCGUCGCUCGAAAAUCUAUGUGAAUCUGGAAGUCCCUGAAAAGAACUACUCCAAAAAGGGUGUGAGUAUGUGCCCCAACGAUGGUUGGGUUUUAUUUCGCAACUCGGAACUUCUCAGCGGCAAUUUGGGCAAGAAAGUCUUGGGAGGAGCCAAGAACGGUUUGUUUUUCAGACUCAUCCGCGAUUGCGGUGCACAAUCUGCCAUCGACUGCAUGAGUCGCAUCGCCAAGCUAACGAGUCGAUGGUUGAUGAACCGCGGAUUCACCAUUGGAAUUGACGAUGUGAAUUCCGAGUAUGGCCAGGGGGCUGGUCGAGUGUCUGUGGAGAAACAACGAAUCACCGAAGAGAAGUAUGGAGCUGUCGCACGAUACAUCGGACAGUACAACAGCGGGACACUGGAGAACAAACCUGGCUGCAAUGCAGAGCAGACCUUGGAAGCGUUGGUCAAUGGAGAGCUUGGAAGGAUUCGAGACAUGGUGGGAAGCAUGUGCGAAGAGAAGUUGGCCUUCUACAACAAACCCAGGAUCAUGGCCACCUGCGGCUCGAAGGGCAGUCCCAUCAACUUGUGUCAGAUGAUGGCCUGCGUGGGCCAGCAAAACGUGGGUGGGCAACGCAUCAAGGACGGCUUCGUGAAUCGGACGCUGCCGCACUUCGCCAAGGGCAGUCGGGAACCGAAGGCCCGAGGAUUUGUGGCGAACUCCUUCUACAGUGGCUUGGAGCCCCCGGAGUUCUUUUUCCACACCAUGGGAGGACGCGAAGGUCUGGUAGACACCGCCGUGAAGACGGCGGAGACAGGCUACAUGCAACGACGCCUGAUGAAGGCCCUGGAAGACUUGUCCUUGAAGUACGAUGGCUUGAAUCCUGCGAAGAUGGAGGGCUCGGCCUCCAAACCCUUGGACUUUGAGUGCUCCAUCUUGGUGAAUUUUGUUGUGGUGCACGUUUUGCGGCCUCCGCAUCGAGCACGUCGCAGCAAGAAAGUGCAGGUGGCGAAAGCUCCUGGAGAUCUACCUGCCAUGGAGCAAAAGGGGCGUGUGGCAGAGCCAAUUCAGAGGAGUGUUCAGCAAGCGCAGAGUGAACAGUACAAGUUGUGGCCUCUCCUUCCCCAUGAGCUCAACCAGUUGGCUCGACCCUGUGCAGAACGCUUCGUGGAAUUUGUGACCAGGACUCAGGGCGCCACAGAUCUGGAACUUGAGCACGUGAAGAGCGACGUGCGCAACUUCAUCCAGAGCUUGGCGGGGCAGGUGGCCGAAAAACGGCAGAUCUUGAGUUUGGAAGUGGGUGACACUGAGGCGUCUGCUAAGAAGGCUCGUGCCAAAUGGAGGCUGGAAGAUUCCCUCUCCUUGAUGGAUUUGGGGCCUUGUCCAACGCUGCAGCAACUGGAUGCAUUCUUAAACACUUGUGCGGUGAAAUAUGUCCAGGCCUUGUUGAUGCCUGGAGAGGCGGUCGGCGCUGUGGCCGCGCAAUCCAUUGGUGAACCGGCCACUCAAAUGACGCUGAAGACCUUCCACUUUGCUGGUGUGGCCAGCAUGAAUGUGACCUUGGGAGUUCCGCGAAUCAAGGAGAUCAUCAACGCGGCCAAGGGCAUCUCAACGCCCAUCAUCACUUGCACCUUGCAGGACGAAUACAACGAGGUGGCUGCGCGCAUCGUCAAGGGCCGCAUUGAGCGGACCAACCUGGGAGACGUCUGCCGCUACUUCAAGGAGGUCUAUGACCCCGCAUAUGGAUGUUUCAUCAGUGUCAAGGUAGAUUUGAAGACCGUAGAACGCUUGCAGUUGGAGCUCAAGAUUGAGGAUAUCAAGAUUGCCUUGAUGGACACCAAGAAUUUGGCUGGAAUUCGCCUUAGCAACAACGAUAUCGACAUCGUGACCAAGGAUAAGCUCCGGGUGAAGCCGCCAAAAAUGACCGCCAGCAACAAGAUGCUAUAUUUUUCUUUGCAGACCCUGAAAGCGGCCUUGCCCAACGCGGUGGUGAAGGGAAUUCCUUCCACCAAACGCGCGGUGUUGAACAAGAAGGAGACGGGACAGAAGGUGGCCUAUUCACUGCUGGUGGAGGGCUACGGCCUGCGAGAGGUCAUGGGCACACCUGGCAUAGAUCCCAGCAAGACCAGUUCCAACCACGUGGUGGAAGUCGAGAAGGUUCUAGGCAUCGAAGCGGCCCGACGCACCAUCAUGCAGGAGAUCAAAGUCACGCUGGGCGCCCACGGCAUCGCCGUAGACGCGCGACACAUCCAGAUGUUAGGUGAUUGCAUGACCUCACGCGGUGCGGUCCUGGGGAUCAAUCGCUUCGGUAUCAGCCGGAUGAGAACAUCUGCCCUUAUGUUAGCCUCCUUCGAACGCACCACUGAUCUGGUCUUCGACGCCGCCGCGCGUGCGCGGGUGGAUCCCAUCAAGGGCGUCAGCGAGUGCAUCAUCAUGGGCAGCACCAUCAAUGUGGGCACGGGUCUCUGCAAAGUGCUCUACGACUUUGGGCAUGCGCCAAGUGCACCAAGCGCCCCAGUUUCCGAGCCAACGGUGGGGCCCAGCAGCUCUUGGAAGGUGACACAGGGACGUGCUCCGUUGUUAAAGAACUGGCGGAAGAGGGUGACCUUCCAAGACGAGACUUCCAACAAAGCGGCCCGCGUCAAAUGACGUGCAACAGAAACAUGCCAUUGAUGGCAUGCCCUCGGACGAUGCCAUACGUUUUUUUCAUGUG